GUCGACGCCAGAAAAGAAGUUAAAGUAUAAUUAUAAGGAACCCGCUGUCGGAUUCACUGAAAAUUUUUGCACAUAGCGCCCAAUUUUUACCUAAUUUGGUGCUGCGCGGUAAAAGUACCUGAUUUUCUAAUGUUGUUGAGGAAAAAUUUGAGUAAAGCACGGUAGAAUAAAGCCUAAACAACGAGCUGGAGUCUUAGAAGACAAUAGAUCGAUCAGACAAGCAUUUCUUAGGCUAUGCACAUUGUCUUAGAAAUUUGUGUCGGUUUGUUGUUUCUUCAUGGGGAAAAAAGCAAUUUCGGUAUGUACGGUAUGUUGUUUUGUUAUGCGGUAUGUAACGGGUAUUUUGGGUAUCUGAUGGAUAUUUUCGGUAUGUUGAGUGCUAUCUGUAAAGAAAAACAGUACUAUGUUUUUUUUUAAAAUAACUUUUGAUAGAAAAGAGCUAGAAAGCUUCUGUUUUCACCAUUCGAAAGAGGAGAUAUGGAGGCAUGUUUUCAUAACCAAAUUUUUCUCAUCAGAAUUUUGUGAAAUAGGUUUUGUAUGGAGUUUUUGGAAAAUUAGGCCGUAAUCUGCCACUAGAAUUUUAUUGAUUUUUUUCCAUGAACUGAUAGCCCGAAAUGUCCUCUAUAAAAUGAGAGUCAAGUGAGACCUUGAUUCUGCGCAGUCCGGGCGUUGUAUCGGAUUUUGUACGAGUCUCAGAAGUGGCACCGGUGACUAUUAGUAGCCUUGAAGAUCAAUAGACUAUGGAUAAUCCGCUAUGCUGAGUCUUGUGACAAUGUUUGCUUUUAGAAAAAGUUUUAAAAAUCUACCGAAAGUGAGUUUUAUGAAAAUAGGGUUUUCAGGCUGUUUUCUCCUAAUAUAAAAAACUUCACUAUACGCUCAAAAAACAUCAGAACAAGUUCAAAACUUCUGUAUGCAAAGUAUUUAAGCCAUUCUAUAACCUGUUUUUCAGAAUUUUUUAAAAAACUCUAAGGUUUUCGAAAAGAGCUUCCGUAAAACCUAGUAAGGAAAAUAUAUCUUUUCGAUUUUUCGAUCUUAUGAUCACGUUUAACGAAAAUAUUAAUCAUAUUCUGAAGUUUUGAACUCGUUCUGGUGUUUUUUGAGUGUAUAGUGAACUUUUUAAUAUUAGACGAAAACAGCUUGAAAACCCUAAUUUUUGUAAAAUUCGCUUUCGGCAGAUUUUUAAAACUUUUUCUAAAAGCAAACAUUGUCACUAGGCUCAGCAUAGCCGAUUAUUCAUAGUUCAUUCGUCUUCAAGGCUGCCAGUCCUGAGACUCGUACAAAAUCCGAUACAACGCCCAGACUGCGCCGAAUCAUGCUCUCACUUGACUCUCACUUUUGAGAGGACACUCCGAGCUAUCAAUUCAUGGAAAAAAAUUCAGUCCAAAAAGACCAGAACUCCGUAUUUCUCGUGUGUGACUGGUAUGUAAGUAUUUUUGGUAUAUGAGUGGUAUGUACUGGGUAUGCGAUUGGUAUGUCAGCGGGAUUUUUUUCGGUAUUAAUACUGCUUUUUCUCCCAUGUAUUUCUCUACACUAAUUUCUCUUGACUGUGUCUCAAGUCACUAUUAAACCUAUCAGUACGGAUAAUGUCCAAUGUACAAAUUUUCAAACGACUAAAAAGCAUUUUCGGGUUUGAAAUUAUUUAUAUCUCUGAUACAAAUCGGUAUGUUUAUUCUGUUUUAUUACACUAGAUCGAUUUGGACACUCUUAUAAACUAUGAAUGUUAUUUGCACCUGAUAUAAAGGUGAACUGAAAAUAAUUAAAAGAUAAAAAUCUUAGUUAUGUAAUCAUAAUUAAGAAAAAAUGAUUCAAUUGUUUUUUAAGAUGAGAAAUUUCAAAAGAUAGAUAAUGAAUAUACAGAUAGAUACAAAACACCUUUAUCAUAAUGAAAAUUAUGGCUAUUUUCUGUUAGAGACAUUUCGUCAUUAUUCAAAAGACAUCAUCAGUCAAAUGCGACACUCGAUAAUUGAUUCUGAAAUCGGAAAAAUAAGAAAUAAAAGAAAACACAAGUAUGUAGAACACAACAUCGAACACAAUUCGAGGCAUAUCGAGUGUCACAUUUGAUUGAUGAUGUCUUUUAAAUAAAGACGAAACGUGACGAAUAUAAAUCCGGGGUAUUUAAAGCAUGCAUUGGACUACCCCAAGGUAGUGCACUGAGCCCAUAUAUUUUUAUUAUUUUUCACAGUGAUAUAGUAAACUAUAUAGGAGCCUUUUCAUCCCACAUCUUUGCAGACGAUUUAAAUGUUUUGAUAGCCCCACCAAUAAUGCGUAGCAUACCAUCAAUGACUGAGUUUUUAAAUGUUGAGGAUACAAAAUUGUGUGAGAGAAUCUUUGAAUAUUCCAAAAAUUGGAAACAACUGAUUAAUAUAAAUAAAACAGUAGCUCGGGUUUUUCGUUCACAAGUGAAAAAAUCGAUAGCUGAGAUCUUUAUGGAUGGGAAAAAAGUCGAAAUUGUUAAAAGUUUCAAAUACCUUGGAUUUACACGGACUGACAAGCUCUCACUGAAACCGACAGUAGACCAUUGUCUUGAGAGCAUAAAAAAUUUUUGUUAAACUUAGGUGGUUGAAAAGAAAUAAAAUUAUCUCUACUGACGUUCUUCACCUUUGUUUCUUUGCUUACGCUUUUCCUUUCUUUACAUGGUUAUUCCCUUUUCUCCCGAUAUUACCGGAUACACAAAAAGAAUCUCUGUAUAGCAAUUUCGCGUCGGAUUGCGAAUCGUGCAUCGCUGUGCCGGGAUUUCAGCGCAAGAUAUCUUUUUGUCAACUAACGAAAAAGAUCUCAAUUUUUACUCCAAAAAACUACUACCUUCAAAAAAGUCUCUUGAACGUCGAUCGGACUGACUUAGGCCAGUCUCUAUUCUUAAACGAUAUGUUCUUCUGUGAUACUUUCACAAAUAAUGGAAAGAACUCACUAAACAUCGGUCACUUCUUUCAACAAAAUCCGGUAACCAAGAUGAAAAAAAGGCAUUCAUCUUUACUAUUAGACUGGUUGACGUUUAUUGAUGAACACUAGAGGGCAAUAAAAAUAUAUAGAGUUGGCUAUUUUUGUUUUAAUUUUGUUCUUUUCCCGCUCAGACAGGUACUAACUAUUUUAGCAUGUUUUGCAAUUUGUGAUAUAUUUAGGUAUACCUGCGUUUUCUUUUUGUGGAUGUAUGUUUGUGUCCGUGUCGUUCGUGUUUUCUUACUAAUCUUAUUCCCUUUCAGUUAGAUUAUUUACAGUUAACCGGCUGACCCCUGAGUCAGCCGAGCCCCUGUGCUAUAGCACAAUUACCACAUAGGAUAAGAAGGCACUGUUAUAAUUUGAUUUAUCUCUUUGACUGGAUACAGUGUGGCAAUAGAUGAAGAUAUGUGGUCAAAAACAGCUAAUCGGAGCUUUAGCUUUUUUUCAUUUACAAUUGUUUCACACAUUUUGUCAAAUUUGUUGAGAACUGUUUGUACACUAUUGACAGAAAAACUUAUAGCCAAUUUAAAUACCUGAAUGUGCCUAUUCUGCUCAAGUCUAUACUUUGACGUGUAAUCUAUUGCGUUUAAGAUUGCGUCAUAGGUAAAUUCAGUUGCCAAAAUUACGUCAUCGGUAACUUCAAAACUAAUCGAUUUAAGAAUAGAGUUUAUGCCAUCGGUUGUAUUCCUACAAAAUAAAAGAUUAUUCUCACUUACAUUUAGAUAAUUUGCUAUGCCGAGUCUGUAAUCACGCCAUAGUUUAUAGCUUAUGAUGCAAAACCAAAUAUCAUUGUUAUGAUCGGAAUAAGAAAUUUUUCUAGCUAAUAUAACCCUUCGUAUAAUCAAAAACAAAAAAAAAAGAUGUCAUGUCUUCACUUGCGCGUUGUUUAACAUUAAAAAAUAUCGACCUCCUAGAUCCAUAUGAUAUGUAGUUAGGCUGAAGGGAUUCAGUCAACUUUAUGUCCUUGAAAUAGAGGAAUGAGCAUCCGCGCGGUGACAUGAACCGUUUGUUGAAGACUCAUUCACACACUUUACAACCAAUAUAGACAAAGAAAUGAUAUGGUUAAUAAAAAUGGAAAUAGUCAGAAUUUAUAUGACAACUGUAAUUACAAUUAUGUUCGGCAUGAUUCUUAUGACGUACAACAGGCACAGUUUACGGAUCUAGUAGUAACUCAUCCAAAAGAUGUUUUAUAUAAUGGAAUGCAACAAUGUUUUAAUGUCCAAAAUUCUCCAGUCAUAGAAAUAGAACAACUCAGGACUUCCACUCCAAAUACAAAAAGAAAUGAAAGAGAAUUUGAGAAUGAUCAAUCAUUUCAAUCUAGUCAACAGAAAAAGUCGAUAUUUAAGGAUAAUAACAGUAAGGGACAAAACUACGCCCAGUUCUACGAAGGCUCGGAUAAUAAUCGUCGGACACUAAUUGAGAAAAAAGUCGUCACAGACAUAUCAAAACCAGUCAUAUCGUCCUCCUCAGAAACCACCACUCAACAUAAAUAAAGGAUAUUCAAUUCCAUUCGAACAGCUAAAAAGAGCGGUAACGUAUAACCUACCACGCUUUUAUGUUCAAUUUGAUAGUAGUAGUUUACCAUUAAUAAUAAUAGUUUACCGGCUCGUGAAUUACCUUCAGCAGUUAUAGCAGGAAGUGAAAUUUACAAACAUUUCAUUAAGAAUGGUAUUAAUAUGAAUAAAUUUUCAAUGGUCAGCUAUGCGGGUAAACAACUCAAAAUAGGAGUAAACAAUAAAAAUGAUCUUUAUAAUUUAUAUGACAAACAAAUGGCCAUUAUCAAUUUCAAUAAAAAUAUUAAAGUGAUUAAACCAAAAUCAAUAGCUGCUCAUUUUUCAUUAGUAAUACGCUAUGUGUCGACAAAUUUUCCAGCUGCUUUCGUAUUUAAUGAAAUUAAGAAAUCAAUUACCAAUGCUCAAAAUUGUAAUCCAAUCGAUUUGGAGGAGUACUAUAAAACAUUAAAUUUAGGGAAAUCAGCAGUGGAUAAUCGUCUACUACCUGUCACUCCAUAUUUAACCUCAAAUAAACUCACGUAUUGUUCAAAAUGUUAUAUAUUAGGGCAUACAUCAUUAAAUUGUAAUAGCCAUCAUCCAAAAUGUCGAGUAUGUUUAGGCGAGUGUGCUAAUAAUCAUAGAAAUGAAUGUGAAGGUCAGUUUAUAUGUGCUCAGUGCGGGGGUAAUCAUUUUUCAUUGGAUGGAAAUUGUCCUAUGGUGCAAAAAUACCGUCAAGAAUUAAAUAAAGAAGUGAAACAAGCCAUCCGAAAUGGUGUUUUAAACUAUAAUACACAAGCAAAACAAAUAAAAAAGUCGAAUGAGUAUCAGUAUGAUGUAAAUACUUUUCCACCAUUGAUUCAAAUGGAUAGAAAUAGUGAAAAUAGGUAG